CCAAGAUCGUGGCCGACUCUGAUGCAACAACAAGCAUGACUUCGAUUGUCUUUCAGGAGCAUGUACAUGUGUCAACUAGCAGUACUGUAUGACACGGGUACGGGAGAUGCUUGUUGGGUGCUUUGCUGGGAGGCUGCUUAAAGUUUCGUCGUGGUAUUUAUAUAACUCAUGUAUGUUCUGAUGGUAACCGAUUUUUUGUGUUGAUUAACACUGCCACUAAGUUGGGCUAAUCGCCGAAAUGAUGCAUAAACGAACAUCUUGCCCAAACAAUUCCAAAUUUACGUUUAGACUAUGUGCUAUGCAGGUUCGCGCUUGCACAAUGAAUGUUUGGGCGUAUGGCCAGAAGAGCCACUCGAUCUUCCUGGUGCCUCAAGUUAGUGUGUACUCAGGUGUGGCUGAAAUGUGAGUACCUCAGUUUAAGACGAGCGGCGCGUGUGCAGAUGCAAGUCGUACGAGUGUCACGAGAAUCGCGCGCGUGGCGAAGACAGAGCGUAAUCGAGAGUCUGAGAGCGAGUGCUGACAGGAAAAUGAUCGGAGACUAUAACUUUAACGGCUACUUGUGCCCUUCGGUCAAGAUUCACGCUGAUGACAUGCUUCACUUUUGCUUGCGGGCGAGACCAUCUACUCCAGAGCAAGAAUGUCGAUAAGCGUCAUUUUGGCAACCGAGUCCUUCGAAUCAUAGUGUCGGUCUCAAGGUGCCAGUGAAAACGUGGUGUGUGUUGACACGCUUGUCAUAUCAUCGACUUGUGUGCGAUUCCCUGUUCUCCUCCCAACCAGUUUCUUCUAACAGUUUUAAGAUCGCUACCGCAUCAUAGAGCGGGUAUCUCAAGAGAUUACAUCUGUCAAACGCGUCCGUCCUCUUGUUCAGUACUAUAGCCGCAGCUGGUGGCCUCCAGAAUUUGAUUUAUUUGCCUAUUCGCCUGGCUUUUGCAGCGAUGCGUCGUCGAGGCUCAGAACAAGAUCUUUCAAGCGAAAACAUUUGAACAAAAGAGG